AUGGAAGGAGAAUACGACUCUGACGUCACACCAUAUGACUCGCCGCAACCAGAAUCUAUAAAAGACUUCCUCCUCAACUUUAACCCAUCACGUUUCAGAUUCGCCAUGCCUCUACGUCGGCAAGAUCUGGAUCCACCGCUAUUAGUCGCAGAGACAUGCAACGUGGAAUUGGCUUGUGGCCGGGAGGCCAUCUUAUCCAUCAGCCGCUUUAAGACCAGACAGCACCGUUUAAGGUAUACUUUAGCGCGGUUGCGAGAGCGUACCUCAUGCCCUUCUGCAGUUUGCAAUUGUCCCUGUGAUAACAGCAUUUUUGUCAGUGCUUCUGAUCAUGUUUGUGACACCAUGGAAGCACCUACCAUUGUUCCCUUAUCUCUCACUUCUGAUGCACAAAUAAACCCCCAGUCGUCUCGGCCAUCAUCUGCUGGUUCAGCUGAGGCACAGACAUUCCUUCACAAUUGCCUUAAUAAUUUCGCCGAUCCGGCUGCUCUGAAGCAAUGCACACAAAUGCUACGAGAGAAUAAUAACUUGCUGCCAUCAGAGCUGGUUACGACAUCUUUUGUUGGGAACGUCAGAGAUUGCCUUGUAGAACUUGGUGCCAUGUUGUCCACUAAUUACUCUGUAUCAAAUGUCUUAACUAUAGCCCAGAAACAGUUCCUUACAGAGCUUCUCCGACGCACGAAUAAGUUUUUUCUUAGCAACUCUCGCAGAUAUGAAUCUGCACUAAGCUUCGUCUGUGCACUCUGGCCGCUCUGGGUGUACCUUUCUCAAGUUUUUGAUAAAGCAAUCUGCGACGUGGUUUCUACUAACCUUAACACUAUAACAAAGUUCUACAGCAUCAAUGUUUCAAAGCGAGUUGGAGAGUAUAUCCAGGCAAUGCAAAAGUUGGAUUCUACACAGCAAGGAUCGGAAAAAAGCAUAGAUGACCCUGGAGAGCCAGUCGGUAAGUCUGACGACUCCAAGGCGGUGGCUAAGCUGUCUGUUGACAAUAUCAUUUCAAGCCUACCAUCGCACUCCUUGCUUCGCCGCUUCUGUGAUGCAGGAUUUAAAAACCCUUUUCUUCAAGCUGCUAGCUGCAAACUUACUUGCCAGCUGUUCACUAUAUGUAAUGACCUGGUCUCUUUUCAUCCGGAUUUACGCAUGCUCAUUCACGGGGGUGUUACUUUUGAGUCCCUUCAAAGUCUCCCCCUCUCAGUUGAGAGCGUGAAGAUCGCUAGAUAUACCUCCUCCAAGGUUUUCUUGCUGCAGGCGCAGCGUGUGUAUCGCAAGUAUGGCGAUGAGAUAGCUGCUGAUGCGGACCUGGAUGACCUCACACUUCUUCUUCAUGACUACUAUUUCCAUGUGAUACACAGCAUGACAGAGGACGGGGUGGAAGAGCCAAGGGAUGCGCCCUGUGACGUGAACCAUUCUGGCUAUAUGCAACACUCUUCACUGAACAAUGUAUCCAAAAGCGACGAGCCAGAGGAGACGCUCACAGAUAUGUUUUACAAGCGUGGAAAAGAGGUAGAUAGAGCGGUUCUCAGCGCUAUUAACCUCCUUAAAGAACGGGCCAGGGAAGAUGCUGUUUCUCCUACAUUUACUGGUGAUGAUGGGUCUUCGGAUGAGGAUGACGCUGCUGUUGCAACAGAAUUGGCCCGCCUGAUGGCCUCUCCACCAUCAGACUCUGAUUCCGAUGUAGCUGAAUCGACUACUACUGCAACUACUGCCAUAGACUCCAGUGAAGAAGAGAGCGGUCAUGCUGCUGACCCCACUGAUGAAUUAGGCGUCGCGCUUCCUAGUAGCCUGUGCACGGCUGUAAACGUACCUAGCAACGCGACAGUAGCCACAGCAGAGCCUGUCAUUGAAGGACCUGUCACUCAACUUGACGAUACUCCAAAUGAUCAAGAGCCGACACCUCAGCUGCCUGAGGGCAAACUCAAUGAACAGGCUGAUGAAGAGUCCAGAAAAGACGUUAUGCAAAGUGAUGUUUAUGAUAUCAGACAGAUGCGAGCGAUCAGCGAGGACUACGUCUCUAAUUGGCUGAGUCACAACUUCCUCGAAGACGAAAUGGCCAUGUCUUUAGAGACUCAAAUGCGGCAUAUGUGUAUGUUCAUUUCCUCUGUUUCCCUCGUUGUCUCAGAAGCCGACUCUGAGGCAAUCAACACGGAACCUCAGCAGGGACAAUCAUUCUCGGAACAAGAAGAAUAUUUGCUUAGCCAAGCAAUUGAGAAGCUGGCUACGCGGUUUGUAGAAACUGUAUCUCUGGAUGGACCUCUCAAUAGUGUGAGCAUAGCACUUAUUCACGAGUUUCUCUGCAUUUUCCUGUACUGCACGAGCCUUGGAUUUGUUGGAGAGUUCGAGUGCAUCAAUUUUGACACCUUUCUGCAAAUACUUCAGCACGUAGACUUGUAUUCUGAGACUAUCCGUUCUGUGAACAGAUAUAUAAAGUCUAUGAGUCUGCUCCAGAACGAGGACAUCCGAGAGUCUCUUGUUUCUUACGAUAAGAAGAUAUUUGACUUUCUUCUCAAGAAGUUCAGUAUCGUCGAUGAUGCGUAUUACCUCAACGCAGAAAAUCCUGCACUAGUUCGCGACACUAGAUUGACAAACUUGCAGUCUAGGAUCCAAAACGUUGAUGCCUUGAGUGCGACAGUUCGUGAUCUCCAGAGGCUGAUCGAGAAGCAGUGCAAUAUGACCACUUGUGAGUUCAUUAGUUCUUGCUUGAUAGAGCAUCAGUGCCUGAAUUGCAUCAUUAUGGACCUUAUUAUCCGAUCACAAAAGGACUUCUCAGCGUUCCUCGUUGCCAAUCCUGACCAGCUUCUCCAGCUUUUACAUGUCUGCAAGGAUAAUUUACUGAACGAUGUGCCUGCUAAAGAACUGGCAACAGAGAACAUCGACGUAACUCUCAGAAACAGGCUUUCAUACUUCCUGCUAAUGCUUUUCAUUCUUUCACUGCUGGAUACAGAUACGAUUGUUCACUCCAUGCAGCUCCUACUGAGUCCUGUAGCUAACCCAGAAGAGACAUGUGCAGAUGGAACCACGGCUGAAGAUAGUACUGCAGGAAUGGAAAAGCAACACAUAACUUCAGACCCUACUCGUGCUAUGAGUACGUUUACGAUUGACAACGUUGUUACCUUGAUCUGUGCAUACUUACAAUCCAUAUGUAAGUACUCGCAACAAUACUCCACCGAUCGGAGCAUUACAUAUACACUCAAUACAAUCAACAAGCCGGCUCGGGGCAGUGGGAAGGCGAUCAAAAUUCCCUUUGAACUGUUCAGAAACAAGGUUGAUGGAAGCAUAUACUUUGUGGAGGGAACAAGCGUGGCAAAGCUUUUGACUGUUAUUACGGAGCCCUGCUAUGCUGGGCUAUUUGAGAAGUCGUAUGCUCUCAUACCAAAAUUGAAGGUUCGGUCAGAUGCCGGUGGAAUCGCUAGGCGUCUACUAACGACUGGGCACCUACCACUGGUGGGCAUGCGUACUUUGAAUACUGAUCUCUACGAUCGUAUCAAGCUAAUGACGGGAAGGGAGCGGAGUGAGGAUCUGCGUUAUGUGGAUAAGGCCAUUCCACGGAUACUUCUUGCAUCUCUCUUUUUGGAUCGCGUCGCUAGAGCACGCAUACCCAUAUCUGCGUCCCCAUUAGAGUCGCUGUUGAUGACCCUUGAAUAUCUUGUCCACAAAAAGCUAAUUACGCACUUGGCUGACCCACCAGAUGGAGACUCCGUUUUGGCACAAAGCCUUUUCUGCUUCCCCGCAGGAAUUAAGCCAAAGGUGUCUUCAUUUAUUGUGUCGUUGUUCACGCUUUCAAAGCAUCCCAUCAGCAUGACGCUUUCUUAUGCCCUAUUCCACUGGCUAGAACUGCCAGCUACUGAGCUAGCUUUGUUUUACAAUACUCUGGAAAAAUUGCCCAAUUUUGGUUUUAUCAAUUUGCCCACAGAAAGGAUUGCGGCAGCUUUAGCGGCCAAAGAUGACCCUGAAUCGUUGGAUAUAGUUGAUCCCCAUAGUGCUGAGCAAGCACCUGCCUCUCUUUUAGCGCAGCAGGGAUUGCCAGGGACACUUGCUGCCACCCAAGUUCAGGCAGAAGCAUCGUCUUGCAGCCUUGCUUCCUUCGCCUCUACAGACCUUUUGGACCAAUCACUUAUACAUUCCCCUGUUGAUAAGCUAUUGUCAUCCAUGGGAACGCAAAGUACGUGUGCCUUUCAGUAUCAAUCACAAGCUAUACUAGAAGAGUAUACCUCCUUGGCGCAACUUUUUUACAGGAGCUUCACGCACGUGAUAGUAAUAUUGCUGUUUGCGUUAGGGAACUGGAGAUGUUAUCCUCUCGGCCAGUUCUUGUACCUACCUGCUGAGCGGAUAUCCCAAUUGCAAGGCAAGACCUUUUCUAUUCCUGAUAGAUUGACCAUGCUGAAUUCACUAUCUAUCAUCUUAGGGGAGAUAGAAGCCAUAGUGGCGUUUAUACCGUUCAUUCAGCAAACACUUCCUGUAGUGACGCUCCUCAGUGGUUGCCUGGCACACAUUGACGAGGCCAUCUUCUUAGGCAAUGAACCCAUCAUACGAACGCUACUCCGUAUUCUAUUACCAGGAGAAUUAUACUUCUCGCUGAUGCGACCUCCGUCGGCGCAGACAGGGCAGAUGCACUCUCUCACUUCCUCGUUGGCAACCAAGCCCUUGUCGGCAGGCGGGUCCAUACUUCCGGCCCGUCCGCUAUCCUCAUCGUUAACCACUAAGCCAGGAUACUUUAUGACUGGAUCAAUUAAUCAAUCGCGUGGAGGACUAUCUGUAUCUCUUAAAACCAAGCAGAUGGUUCUUGCAUGUCUACGGACUACCCUCGCGAACGCAAUUCAAAUGUGUGCAUUAUCUACUCUACCCCAGACCUAUCCCUUCUAUAAUAUCUAUACAAACGAGCUGCUUCAGCUCUCUCAACUAGAAAUAUGCUCUAUUUACCUAAUAGGAUGGUUGAGGCUCACUCAAAACUUGACACUAUGCUAUGAUGGUGCCCUCGUUGCUCAGCUUGUCACAAUUCUCUCCUACUUUCCGCAAUUGAGGUACGGUAUUCAGCGAGACACCCCUGAAGAGCCGUCCGAAUUAGAACACGCCGCAUCUUUUAAUGCGUUCGGUUCGGUGACCUCUAACGCGACUCCACUGAUGCAUACCAAUUCCCCGGCUUUGCGCCCCUCAUCAAGAGCGUCCACAGCUUCCAAGGCAACCUUGAGAGGGAUAUCAGCGGGAGCAUCUAGCCUGAACUUUAGGAGUAUUCCUGGUCUCUUUUCUCCUAACUUUAAUGUGGUCAGCACUCCCUUUAUUGCGCUGCUUUUUCCUGCCUUUACGUUUGAUGGGGCUGUGAGUAACUUCGUCGGCUGGAUGAUAUACCAUUUUCUUCUAGGUUACGUUAAAUCUGGCGGUUUAGAGGGGAUGCUGCAUCAAAUACAUAUAUCAGAGGAGUCUGUACCUUUAGCUGGUGUGUCUGUACACGCUGACUUAGAUUCAGGACCAGAAAAGUAUAUCGAGUCAUUAACCAGCUACUUCUCCACGCAAAUGGAGCUUGUUUCAGCAUGCAAGAAUAUAUGUUCGCUUGUCUCUGCUCUCACAUCUGUGCUUCAGUACGACAUGCUCCACCUUUCUGAUUCUUCAAUGCAGCUCGGACACAAGCUAUCUGCACAUGUCCUUCAGGGCAUGCUCAUGGCUCUGCCCGGAACUGUGUGCAACACAGGUGAGUCUAUGUUUGAUGACCCCAACUCUACCAGUCGAAUGGCAAAGAUACUGAUUCCUCUCUCAGCACCUUUGGGAGCAUUUUCAACAGCCGGUUGCUUCGCCAUAGAUUUACCAAGCACGCAGGUUAUCAAAACGGAUGCAGAAGAAACAGAUACUGCAAAAGAGCAAACAGAGGAAACUAAAGAAGAGACAGAAAAACAGACACUUGGUACCAAGAUGAUAGAUGUAUACGUUCCAGCGCCAAAGGUGGCUGGAAGCUUAUCAGAGACGCAUUUUUCGUAUCUUUCGGCAGAAUCCAGGUUGGCAGAUGUAUGGACAAGCUAUCAAGUCUUCUUGACCUCUGAGUACAAUGAAUACUUCUUCCUACAAUCUCACGCCAUUGUAGAUCCGGCCUGCCUUUAUGGAGAUCACCUAGGGAUGUUCUUUGCACUAUGUUCAUACCACAUUUGGUUCAGGAUGUUGUUAGAUCCGUUGUUUCGUAGAAGCACCCUAAUUAUGUCUGUCGAUGAUCAGACCGAUCCCUAUUACGCCCUCUAUAGUGAGGUUCAACACGCCCAUAGAUGCUAUUGCUUGGAAGCAGGCCAUCUCUCUAGUGUGUGGUUUGGGGUUGAUUUAAUCGCAAUCACUCGGAUCUUACGGUAUCCAAAUGCGGAAACAGACGAAGCUGACAUUGCCCAUCGAAAGCAACUGUGCUUACUGAAACGUGCAUGCAUCUAUAUUGCUGAGCUCAAGGAGGCCCUUCACGUAAAAUCACCGACAGAGGGAUUGUAUAGCCACUUGGUUGCUCAGCAGCACGCAAUGAAGUCAGUGGAGGAGCAUACUAUUCUAGGCCUUACCCUACCCAGCUCUGGUGUUGAUGACCAUACUAUUGCGCAGAUUCUUAUGGAAGACCUGGCUGCUCAAUCUAAGCAAGAAUAUAAUUCGAUGGUGUUUUUGGGCGCUCUUGGCGAUAUCUAUCUUAACGGGGCAGCACUCUUCAUGCUUUCGUUCGACGACAAGCUGUUUAUGUUUAGGCAUCUUAUGCGUCUAGGGAGUAACUGUUAUCUUCCAGAGCAGACAAUGAGCGAGACAAUGGUCGAGGCAACGAAAUAUGUUCCAGCUCAGAGCACAACGCUAGAGAUAUCUGUGCGACGCGAUGCUCCGCUGCAAUCUCUCAUUGAGUACCUUGAUCAAAAUGUGGCAGGGUCUCAAGCGGCUCUCCAGAAGCCGUGGCGGGUCGCUUUCUUAGAUGAGAACGCUCUCGAUUUGCAUGGUCCACGACAGGAAUACAUGAACCUUGUUACAAGCGAUCUGAUGAAUCACUGUCAGGCAUUCAGUCGUAAGAAUUAUCUGCCAAAGACAUGCAAAACCAGUGCAUCCCCCUUGAAGCGUCAAUCAGGGUAUUUAGAGUAUAUCAUUUUGGCAUAUCUGAUAUCUCGAUCCAUUACUGAAUUUCUUUCUCUAAGCUUUGACAUUCCCACGACCCUCCUACGAAGGAUCUUAGGGCUAUCCUUCAAGGCUCAGGACAUCAUGCUGUCGUCUCCAGAGAUGUACUAUGGCAAUCUGAUUGCUCUACUUAAUGUGGAUAGAUCUAGAUUUGAAGAUUGUGUGGGACUCGAUAUUACUGAUGUACCCUUUGAUGACGCAAUCGACACAGAGCACUCCACAAUCAAGUACUCUGGAGACACCAUGGACCACGUUAAUAUGAUGGUGGCGGAAAUUACUAAUCGCAGAUCUGUGCCGAUCAAUGUCGUAGCCAAGCUUGUGCAAAGAUCCCUUCCAUCUGUGGAUCUCCGCAUAUUCACCCCUGUAGAAUUGGGACUUGUGAUCUCAGGAAUUAAUGAGCUAUCAUCGAGCCAGCUAGUCUCGCUAUUUAAAUGGAUUCACCCUCCUCCUGACGUGUCCUCUAGCCUUGUUUCACAAGCAACAGAGCUAGCGUUUUCAACUGUACUCAAUGAGCUUACCUUUGAAGAGCGCGCUGACUUUCUAUGCUUUGUUACAGGCUCAAGCAGAAUCCCACCAAUUGGAUUUGAACCAGAGCUGAAGGUUCAACGGUUGGCUGCGGACGGUGAGACACCUGACACAAAACCAGAGGACAUAGAUCCGAAGAAGCUACGGCUUCCAUCUGCUAGUACCUGCUUCCACAGUCUGAAGCUACCUCCAUAUUGCAAUCCUGCAGAUCUGAAGAGGGUACUAAAGAUUUCUGUAAGCGAAGGAAAGACCUUUGAGUUCGCAUAA